UAUUGCUUUUAAAAAUAAAAUUAGUCUUGACCAUUGGUAGAAGUUUUUAUACAAAGUUAUAACUGACUUGUGUGUCGUAAUGACGAUGAAACUUAUGGAAAUGUCUUGGAUAUUAUAGCUAGUCAUUCCAAUUUUAUACAUUUUUUGCAUGUCUGCAAAAAAGGUACAUGUACAAAUGACUGUUUACAAUAUUAUUGUAUUUUGUGGUAGUUAUUACUAAUUGGAUUUAAGAAUUUUUCUUUAGAAUAAUUUAAAUACAUAGUUCACUGAAUGAAUGUUGAAAAAUGGAGAACAUGUCAAAAGUAGAUGUGCCAUUAACUUGGCUUGAUUUUUUAUGGUCUCUUGAACAACUGCGUCACAAAAAACAAUAUACUGCAAGUCAAAACAGGGAUUGGUUCAAGCUAAACCCCCUUGAAUUAACUUUACUUGGCUGUGAGACAAUCACAAAAAAUCAAAAAAUCACCUCUAAGCUUAGCACAAUUGUUGUGUCAAUGGAAAACAUUACUCCGUACAUUUUAAGUAAACCAAGAAUCCUCCAAUGGCUGUUGAAAUUUUUCCUUGACAUUCUGUCUACACCGAAUGUCUCAAGCUUCUUAGCACAGAGAACACAGAAGCUGCUUGUUGAAAUGUAUUGGACAACUAAAAACUUUCGGUUUCAUUAUUGGGCGAAAACUAUUAUAGUUGAUAUUAUUGAACAUGAUCCUUUAAAGAAGAAGACAUUGCAAUCGUUUGGAGAUGGUGUUGUUUUGCUGAACCAUCUAGGGGGAGCUUUGCAAGUAGCAGAAAGGGAUGAAGAAGUUGAAAUGUUAUAUCAGUCCUUAAACAGCAUAAAUGCUUUCAAUUUAAAAGCUAUUAUUAAUGAGCAUUCCUUCAAAUUGGUGCAGAAACUAUGGGGAUCAUUUUAUUUGAAGGAACUAAUUCAAAUUGUAAAGGAAAUCUCCUCGAAUCCAACUGACUGUACAGGCAACUUUUUAUUGCUGAUAGAACUUAUAAUAAAUGCUUCUGAGAAAUCUGAAACAUCAUUUACCCGGUCAACAUCAACAAAUUCCUAUAAAGAAAUAUCACGUCUUGUUGAUGAAACCAAUCAGACAGAAAACGUCACAGUUGAUGCUAGCUCUUAUAAUAGGUUUUUUCAAGAUAUUCGUGCCUUUCUUGAAAAAUGUAAAUCGAUAUUCCAUGUUCGAACAGAUGUUCCAAAUGCGUUUUUUGUUUAUUUGAAUGCAGAACUGGCUUCAGCAUGUUCACUUAAACCAAGCACGUUGAGUGAUUUAAACUUAAAUGUAGUAAUGGACUUCUUUAUGGAUUAUUCCACCAAAGGUGUUAAAGGAAAAUUUUCUGAGAAGAUUAUGUGUGGAUUAUUGGAACUUAUUACAUCAAGUGUGGAGACUGAUAUUCCCAGAAUGGUUAUGCUUAAUAUUCACCUUCCAAAUCUCUUAUCAAUAGGUUUCGAUAACAUGACUGAAGAUAUUGCAUGCUUAUUGCUGCAGUAUGGUUCAUUAGCAUGUCGGUCGAAGUUUAAAACAGAACUGCUUUCAAAGAGCUUGGGGUUUAUAAAAUCUCUGUGCGAUAUAUUUCCGUCAAUACAAGAAAAACAAUAUGUGGAUUGUGCCAUCUCACAGCGUAUUGAAUCUUUAACUAUCGUAAAAAAUUUGCUGCUAGAAGUUGUUAAUAGUGUUACUCACUGUCAUACUCAAUCAGACAGCACCACAAAUUCAUUGUUACCAGUAAAAAACACUAAGCAAUUCGCCAAGGAUUCAAAUGAAGAUGAUUUUGGUGAAGAUGAACUUGUUGAAAAUCUCUUCAGACCUAAACUAAUGAAACUAUUACUGGAACUUGCUUGUUCGAUGAUAAAAACUGGCGAAAAUAUAAACUACACAUACGUCAGUGUUUUACCGAAGCUGUUGUACCGUACUGACUUCCCAUUGGUUCCUCAGGAUUUACCACUUGCUUAUUUCCCCUCUUGUGUGAAUAAAAUAUCAACCUUGCCUUGGAGGGUUAGCAAAGAAAGUUUAGCUGUGGAAGUACUUCAGCUAUGUAUUGAGUGUUUAGCAGGAAGCAUAUGCACACCAUUCCAAAUUUGUGGAGUUAUGAUUCCAAAGCUAGCAAAGAAUUUAGAUAUGACUGGGUUAAAUGAUACAGUAAAGAUGGAUAUACUUGGUGAGUUUAUUCAAAUCUGUUAUUCGAAGUUGUCGACAAAUCAGCACAUAGAAACUCUAAUCUCGCAUGGAAUCGACGUCAUGUCGCUACUGAUGCCGACGAAUAAUGAGGAAGUUGACGUUAAAGCAUUUAUUCAUAACAUGACGGCGUCAUUGGAAAAAUUUGGAAAUUCGUCAAGUAUGCUGUUGUUAAAAAGCUCGUGUGAAUUUAUGUUGACGAAUUUUAAGGACGAAACUGAAUUAGUAAAGACCUUGUUCACAUAUCUCAUCAAGAAGUAUAACAGAAACGACAUACGUAAUGUGUUUUUGUUGUCUAAAACUUGGUUUUCUCACGAUCAGUACGCACCGUGCAGAAAAGCUUUGUAUGACUACUCUGUUAGCAAAUUUAAAUCAAAACAGUUGCAAGUCAUGACGGAGAUACUUACUUCGAUAACAGCCUUUCAACAAACAGUGAUAAAGACGUUGAACUCCACGGACGAAACAGAGCAACUGAUAAUUGCAUACUCAACCACAGAACCUCUGAUAAAAGAGCUUAAUAGUUGUAUCCAAGACAACCGUUUUAAUAUUGAACGACAGGGAGAUAUAAAAAGCAAACUUAAUCGAUUAUUCCUCUACCAUGUUUUAUUCCAAGAUAAAAUUGAGGAGCUUUUUCACAAAACUGGUAGUAUUGGCUGUAUGGGUGAGAUUGAAAGCGAGAUUCCCCCAGAUAUUUUAGCGGAUAGUAUGCUUAUGACUAAACUACAGACAUGCGCAAAAAGAAUUGAGCAUAUGCAAGUACCACGGUAUCAAAGCUUAAAGUCGUUUGUUAUCAAUUUACUCAAGGGUUUCGUUGCAACACCUGGUAAUGUUGCACAAACAGGCGAAAUUAGUGAUAACGCGAGGCAGAAUAAAGAAACAAAAGGACUUGUACAUGAAACAGGAGAUGUUGCUGUUAAUAUUACUGACAAUCCGCCUCAAGAACGGAAGAGCAGUGGAGAAGAUCUUAAACUAAUACUCGCAGAACGGGUGGGUGUACUGGAACGUGACUUAGCCUCGUUACCAUGGAAUGUAUCAAAAAGGGAGAAGCUGUUAUCUUCUGGAUAUAGUUCUUUGCUUUGGUGCGAGAAGAUUUCAAUUAAAGUUGAAACAAAUGGUCAGUUGAAUUUGGAAGAGAACUUACGUCAAACCUUACUGUCCUGCUUCACAGAGUAUUGCGAAUUACUUCGUCAGUUAGGAAUACCAAAUGUUUUAGUGGAUGGAAUCCAGGUAAAGGUGGAGGACAUCUUCACGGAGGAGUAUCCUUUGACUGAAUUAAAAGGGAGGAGAGCCAUUGUCGUGAAGGUGAUUGAUAAAAAUGCAUCUGUCAACAAUCAGAUGCGAAUCCUGGAGCGAAAAUCAGCGCUGUUGGUUCAAGAAGAAAACAUUGAACAGAAAAUCGAGAAAACAUCUCGGCUUCCGUUAAAAUCGUGCUCAUACACAGCAGAAAUAAAUGUUUCUUUUUUUGAUUGUGUUGAUUGCUGUGGACCACAAAUAGUUGGGUGUUAUUCACCUGUGUCUGGUGAGCAUUGUGAAAGACCUUUGGAAAUAGGUAUUCGUGCAGACAGUGCUUUUGCCAGUAUAUACAAUGAAGAUGGAGUAGAAAUGGAAAACUGUGAAUUGUUUUUUACAGAUCAAGGAGUGUAUGUGUACAAAGCGUACAGUUCUGGUCAUCCCUAUGACACAGCUGAUGUAUGGCUGGCUCUCUUUAUCGAACUCUUAGAAACGAAAGAAUUUGUUCCCGCCAUCAUUUUACCCUAUCAUUUUCCUAAUCGUACCACAUGGGAGGCAUUUAGAAGAUGGGUGUCCCCCGAAAUAACUGGCACCGUGCUAACAUGCGAUUUCGAUUUUUCGUCCGAAUGGCGCAGUUACUACGAUUCGCGCCCUGAAUGUGUUGGCUAUGGCAAAGAUAUUAUUUUAACGAAAGGAUUUCGGAACACGGAAAGGCGAACGAGUUUCUCCUAUCAGAGGCAGCUUUCUUUAAAUACGAAUAAGGAUUUUGCGAGUAUGUUGUUCGACUUUGUGAUGGAAGCCAUUUUGGAAAGAAACGAUCUAAAAAUUUAUAGGUUUCUGGGCAAGCACAUCGCACUGUUUUUAAACGAUCUUGUCAACACAGGUACAUCACACCCUUAUCUGAUCAGCAACAAUUUUGAUUUCGACAGAUGGAAAAAAGGCCAAAAAUGCAAAGUGGAUAAAAGCAAGAAAGACAUUGUGGAGUCAUUAGUUAAUUUUAUUCUCGACAAUGUAUCGAUUUUUAUUUCUACGAUGGAUUUCAAUAUACUAUUCAAAACACGUUUAAAGCAAUUUCUUCAAUUGAGGUCCUUUUUAGAGAAGAACUUGAAAUCAAACAGUUUUUCUUAUACCAUGCGGAAACUAACUGAAACCACGAAAAUCAUAAUAAGUCACCUGCAAUUGGUUAAGAUUGGAGAUUUUGAAGAAGCUUUCCAGGAAGAACUCAUGCAUUGGAUAUUUGACAACGAGGACAGAGUGUGGCGUUACCGAGGAGGAAGAGACGGCCACGAAACUCUGACGCAAUACCUUGGUUUUCUUUCACAUAAACGACAAAACAGAAGAUGUUUUCCUGGUGUCGUUGUGUGUCUGCGUAAAGAAGCAGAAUUCAACAUUGAACUGAUACAGGUCAAAGACAUUGUUGGUUACGCAGUCGGCGAAUACGUGGAUAGAAUUGCUGACCUAGAUGAAAUUGAAAUACCUGCGAGAGUGAGUGACGAAAUGGGUGAAAAUGGCGCCAAAGAAAGUUGCUACGAGAUAGUAACUGCCUGGAUUGAUCCCAGGUUUCGUGGAUUACAGUUAAGUACGUCACUCUACAUGAGGAUAUUUCAAUCGGUGACGUCAGACAAUAUUUAUUUUGACAUGUUAAAUAACAGCGUAGAAAAAGUUAUUAAAACUUCUUACGGUUUCAAUCUUCUUCACAAGAUUGGAUUGUCCAAAUUUUUUAUUCUUGACCAAUCUUUGUCGUACAACGUUGCCACCGUUACUGCGACUGAACAAUUCGAAAAGUUUCUCGUCAAGCGAAAGCCUGUUGCUAUGUGUAUUUGGGCCGUGGAAUUUUUCAUGGGAAAUAAUUUAUUUAUUUUUGGAUUAUUUAUUGUCCUUCUUGCUGUCUGUUAUGGAUGGUGUUUGGCGUAAAGAAGUGAGUAAAGUUAAAUUACGCAAGGUAAAAACUUUGUUAAAAAUAUAUUCCGUCAUCGUUAAGCAUACAUAUUUUAAUCAUGAAAAACGUUUAUGUAAACAGCGCCUCUUCGUCCAUACUAUGAAGGAUGGUAUUUGUUCCUGCGCUCAAGACCUUGUUCUUUUUCUUAUAAUUCACAACUUAAUAAUACCUUUUUAUAUUACUUCACACUAUUUAUUUAAAAUCUUUUAUAUCUUUUAUUUAACAUUAAAUAAUAUAAAAUACAUUUAUUUUCCAUAAUUGUUUUUGUCAGACAGUAGCAUCAUGCUGCAGCUGUAUAAAUAUUUACCUAAAUUGUUAACUUUCUUCAGAGCAGAAUUUGUACUUGUGGUUCUUUCAUCACACCUAAGAAUUACCGCUUUCUUUUCUUUUCUCCUCUUGAAUAUAGUUUCAGAUUAACCAAUAACUUUCCUUUAACAUGUCGAGGACGACCAAUGAGUUCGUUCUUUUCAUGAUAAAACCCUAUAAAAUUUUUUUUCAAAGUAUUGCGAAUCAUUUUUUUUUUUUUUUUUGUCGUGAAGACUUCAUAUCAUACUGUUAUUUUGAUAAAAAAAGGAUAUUCUCACUAUCCUCAGUAAUAUUAUUUUUGUUUUACUUGCCAACAGCUAGUUUUUAAGUGACGAACUAAGUUUGUAGAUAUUUACAGCUUUAGUUAUUGUAUAUAUGAAUAAAUAAAUCUUAUUUUGAAUAUUUUAAUGAAUAUAAUAA